CCUCAGUCCAUCCGCGACAACAGCAUUCCAACUUCGCUGAAGAAGAUCCCACAGCCUGCCUGGUCUUGCUUUUGAUAUAUCUCACCCAGGUCUACCGCAUCACGCCGCUCACGGCAGAAUGCAUCUAGAUCUUGUUUCGGAUACCAUAACACUCUCAGUCCGCGACGAAUAAUGGCUCAUCAGAAAUCAACAGUCGGCACGCCGCUGAAACUGUCGUGUGGUCUCGUGCUCAAGAACCGGCUCGUCAAGACAGCCAUGUCGGAGAAGAUGGCUGUCGGGGGCAAGCCUACAUCGGCACAUGGAAGGUUGUAUGCGAAAUGGGCACAAGGAGGUUGGGCAGCUCUCAUAACUGGAAACAUCAUGGUCGACGACAGGUACACAGGCGGCGAGGGCGACGUCGCGGUACCAUCGACCGCUGCGUGGAGAGAAGAGACGCUGCACACAUGGACGGCUUGGGCACAGGCGGGCGCCAAAGACGGCUGCCACAUGAUUGCGCAGUUAAAUCACCCUGGACGUCAAUCACCCGCAGGCGCCGGCAAGAGAUCCUGGUUUGCAAAGACGAUCGCGCCGAGCGCCAUUCCACUCAACCUCGGCGAUACUUGUAUUGCCCGUGUUGCGAGCGCCAUCGUCUUUGGCACACCGCGCGAAAUGACCCAAGCUGAUAUUGAUGAUAUCGUGGCCAAAUUUGCGAGUGCGGCACACCUCGCAGCGCAGGCCGGGUUUCAGGGCGUCGAGAUCCAUGCUGGCCACGGCUUCCUUCUCUCGCAGUUCCUCUCCUCCACAUCCAACAGACGCCAGGACGCCUAUGGCGGUACUCCGGAGAAGCGUGCCAGGCUAGUUCUAGAGGUUAUCCGAGCCGUCCGCACGCAGGUGCCGGCACCCUCGUUCUGCAUCGGGGUCAAGAUUAACACGGCAGACUUUCAGGCGAACCCGUACGCUUAUCAGGAUAUGCUGUGCCAGAUCGCCUUGCUGAGGGAUGAGAAAGUUGAUUACGUCAACCUCAGUGGUGGCACUUACGAAGAUCCUACGAUGCUCUCCACUACCCACUCAGAGCCACCAUCAUCGUCCCCCUCGGCCCCGAGCGGCAGCAGCAAGUCGAACGAAGACUCCGCGAGCGCCACACGUAAGCCUCGUGAUGCUUUCUUCCUCCAAGCAAGCAAAGACGUGAGAGUCCAGUUCCCCGACCUCCCCAUCAUCCUCACAGGAGGAUUCCGGUCAAGCACGGGCAUAAAUACAGCCCUCGAGGAUGGGGCCUGCAGCGCGGUUGGGAUUGGCCGGCCGGCGGUAAAAUACCCGGACUUGCCCAACAAGAUCCUCGGCCUCCAUUCUUUUUCGGGAGGAAUAAGUGUGGAUGGAGGGAAAGACGAGCAUUUCGAGGUUGAGAGUGCUCCAGGCGGGUCAGGUAUGCUGGCAAAGAUGAUUCGGUCGGUCGGGGCUGGCGCUGAGUCCAAGUAUUGGGCUGAAGUAAUGCGGCGUAUCUAACGAUUCCUCAUGCUUACCCGACCAAGUUGCUAGGGUUGGAUAAAUGCAGUAGGCGACAAGCAGUAGAUAGCUUUAUCCCAAAGGUUCGCGCCAGCCAUACUAUUAACCCCCU